ACAGCUGGUGCUCAAAUGGAUCGGAUGGGGCUUUGAUAGCGCUCUAUAUGGGCGACUUCUCGGGCGCUAGCGAGCACUUUAGCUGCUUUCCAGCUGAGCUUUAAGUAAUUUGGGGGGUCCAGUCCCGGUGACGGCUGCGCCUGACAGGUGCGCGCAGUGCGCAGUGAGGAUGGGCAGACGCGAGGCAGACGGCAGAGGCGCAAUGAACACCAGCCACCACUCCGAGCUCGGCUGUCUGCAGGACGCGGCAUCCAGCGGCCACCACGCCGGCGAGGAGUCGCCGAGGCUGGGCAGCCGCCGACCCUGCAGCGCGGACAGGCGGCAGAUGAAGCCAGACAUGGAGGCGGCCGGCCGCGCACCGACUGCCACAGCGCCGAUGGAAGUGAAGAAGCACCAGCACAAGCACAACUUGAAACACCGCUAUGAGGUGAUGGAGACUCUGGGGAAAGGCACCUACGGCAAAGUGAAGAGGGCGGUAGAGAGGGCAAGCCAGAAGACAGUGGCGAUCAAAUCGAUCCGCAAAGAGCGCAUCACCGACGACCUGGACAGAAUUCACAUCCAGAGGGAGAUCGAGAUCACCGCCUCGCUCAGGCACUCCAACAUCAUACGCUUCCACGAGGUGUUUGAGAGCCGGGAUAAGAUUGUGAUAGUGAUGGAGUACGCCAGCAGGGGAGAGCUGUACGAUUACAUUCAGGAGAGGAGGAGACUGCCAGAAACAGAAGCCAGAGGCAUCUUCAGACAAAUCACAUCUGCUGUCCACUACUGCCACAAGAAUGGUGUUGUGCAUCGAGACCUCAAGCUGGAGAACAUCCUUUUAGACCAAGAUUUGAACGUGAAGCUGGCUGACUUUGGCCUUUCCAACCACUUCCAGAGGGGCACUCUGCUUCAGACCUACUGUGGAAGUCCGCUCUAUGCGGCCCCAGAGAUAGUGAAAGGACUGCCCUACCAGGGGCCAGAGGUGGACUGCUGGGCAUUGGGGGUGUUGCUGUAUGCCCUGGUGUACAGCAGCAUGCCAUUUGACGGGGCCAGCCACACCACGCUCACAGAGCAGAUCAGCCAAGGCCGCUACCGCAGACCCAACCCCCCCUCAGACGCCUGCGCUCUUAUCGACUGGUUGUUGACAGUGCGUGUGGACGAGAGGGCUACGAUAGAGGACGUGGCCAACCACUGGUGGGUGAACUGGGGUUUUGAAGAGAGUGUGUGUGACUGCCCUUCAUCUCCGCAUCAAGAAUGCCCCUCCCCGCUGCUGGCUCGCUACAUCGACUGGCAGAAUCGGGGUGCAGCUGCCAGCAACAUGACUGUCGACCCAGGCUGCCUGUCCUCAGACUCUUCCUGUCCUCCCCACCCCUUUUACUUCAGCUUACCUCUGAAGAGCGACCGUGGAGGAGGAGGGGGAGGAAGGGUACGCGGAGGAAUGUCGAGCCUCAGGAAGUCACGCAAGGAAAAUGCAAUUCCUCAGACUGCUAUGGGAGCUUGUGGUGGUGUUUGUGCAACAGCCGCCUCCUCUGCUGCGAUUUCCGUCACUUCCACCGCUGAAAGAAAGAAACCCAAAGGUAUUUUGAAACCCCAGAGGAGUUUUGACUCAGUCUUUCACAACCCUCCCAAAGAAAACUCUCCCUCCCAACCGUGUAACGCUGCUCCCCAGCCUUGUCGAACACAUACACAUGCUGAUGUCCUGUCCACCAGUCUGCCGCCUCCCUCGACAUUCAGUCAGCCCUCAUCCAAAAUGCCUAAGAAGGGGAUACUAAAGAACUUGUAUGGAGGGGAGUCAGGUUAUGGCUCAUCUUCAGAAAGAAGGAUCUCUGGAGCAGGAGUUAAAGAGAGUGAUGCAGGUGAUUUGUGCUCCCACAACCAGCACACUUGUCUCCCAGCGGCAGAUGACAGCCCCACCAUGCGCACAGAGGCAGUAAGAAGAAGGAAGGGUAUUCUCAAACGUAACGGCAAGUUCUCCCGCAGUCUGGAUCUUCCCGAUGACCACCACUCGACUCUCUCCUCAGCCCCCACGAUAUUCCCCGAGGCCCUGCAGCAGCUCCUCCAGGCCACAGGGGGCGCCGAGGGCCGCCGCAGCCGCCCCUCCAGUGUGGUGAGUGAGGACAGCCUCUUCUCCUCCGACUCCUUUGACCUGCUAGACCUCAGCGCCCAAUCACGUCGCAGGAUUUUCUCCCGAGUGAUGCAGCACAGCGGCUGUAGCUCUGAGGAGAACCUGGAGCAGCUGAGAGGCGAGGCACACAGGGCUGGUGGAGACGAAGAAGGACAGAAGGAAAUGCUAACAUAAGCCUAAGGGGUGAUGGACACAUGGAUGUGAUGAAAAAAUGGGUUGAGUAGCAGUUCUUUAAUCCACUUUUCUGUGACAAUCACUGCCUGCCAUCUUGAAAAGACUUCAACGAAUCGUGCACACGGACUCACUAUGCAUUGUACUGUCAAUGCAAAACUGUAUUCAAUGACAUUUAAGUUAUAUUCUGAAUGCAAGGCAGUACAGACAGUGACAAGACAGGAAGUGAAACCUAAAGGAAAUCCAGUAUCUGCCAAAUUGCAGAGAUGGGCCCUGAAUGUGGCAGAAUACAAGAACUCUCUCUGACCUCACCUGCACAAAACAUCCUCUUUGGAGAUUUUACAGCAGAUUUCUGUUCAGACGAUCUGACUCUGGAUGCUGGAAUCUUGUUAAGUUAGCCUCUGCAGGUUUUUGGAAACCAUCCUGUGCCAUCUUGGAUAUGUGAUGCCAUAUAUCAGUGUGUUAAUGGUGAAAAGAAAAUAGGACAUAUCAAGUGUGUUUUCAUCCACCUGCUUUUAUGGCCAUUUUGCACAUAAAAAAAAGUUGGUGUAUCAAUAAAAGUAAAAAGUGGCAAAUUGCAACUGAAACAGGCUCAGUGAAUAAAUCAUGACGUACAUGAAGCGUGAGUCAAAAAACACCAGAUCUGUGUGGAGCAAUGAGACUGUAACGAGGCUCAAAAUAACACAUGAAACAACAGCCACAUUUCCAUCACUGUUUUCCACAGUUUGAGGUUUGACUGGCACUCUUCUUCUGCAGCGGUUUUUAUGGCACACGACUGGAGAAUUAGCCCCACCUACUGUUCAUCUUGAUGUGCUCAAAAAGAUCUGCACAACAGCAGCGGAUGGAAAUGCACAUUAAUCCGCAUCUUUUGCCAGUUGUUUGGAAAUUUGGUUAAAAUUUGCGCUAUGUUUGGAUGGAAACCUGACUAUAGACGGCUCUAUUGGGAGGAUAGAUGUUCUGAUACUUCACAGCAGCACUUUUCUUUACCGUCGUUUAUGAGCUCAAUGUAAACAUUUAAUAAAUGGUUUAUAAUUCACUAAAAUGUAGUCGCAAGCAGAUAUGAGCAAUUAUUAAUGGAAUUUGUCAACAACUUAUAACUCUUCUUGUGGGCAUCUACAAGUGUUGGCUGGUGUAUAAACACAUAAUGAAUAAUAAUAUAGUAAAACGCUGUUUUAAAGAACUAAAAUAUGUCUUUACAGGAGAAGAUUGGUGAGAUGUUACUUCUACUACAGUACAUCAACAAACACUUGAAAAUGUCCUUAAAUCUUCUUACGACUACAUUUUAGUGCAUUCUAAAAGUACAGUGUGUUGUGAAACAUUCAUUACAAGGAUAGUUUGGCUUUUUAGAAGUGGGGUUGUACAAGGUACUCAUCAAAUAUCAAUAGUUAGUGUUUUAACGACAGUAGAUGGCUGUCAGCAUGGCCCUGGUUUGGAGAAGCAUGUGCUGCUGUGGACAGAGUCACCAGCCAAAUGUAUUUUAUCUACCUCCAAACUGGGUGCACGCCCACCACCAUCGACUAUGAAUUAGUACCUCAUACAAUCCCGUUUCAGAAAACCUGAUCUAUCCCUUUAAAUGUUCAUAUGUUGUCCAUACAUGUUAAAUAGGGUAAGUUAAAGUAAAGCAUUACCUAUUUCACCAUGUUAUUGAGUACACUUGUACUACAAAGUAAUGUACUGUGCACAAUUUGCUCCUAUGCUCCAAUGGACACAGUUUAAAUAGGCUGGAUCACAUUGAUUUUUACCUUGACAACACCAAUGCUGCU